AUGUGGGAUUCUUUAGCAAUCAAUCCCCCCUCUGCUACCGCGUUCCAUGAGCUCAAUCAGACCCUGAGGUCAGGAGGAAUCUGUGCGGCCCCCGGAGGCCCCGGCUUCUCCUUUUCCUCUCCCCAGGAAGCAGACUUCAUCCAGGGGGCCUCUGCAGGUAUGACAGUGUGGAUGUGGCGUGAACACGUUUGCGGUAUGGAUAAAAGUGAGACUUACUCUAGGUGUUGGUGGAUAAAAGGAGCCAUCCAGGCGGUGGAGAGGAAGUCUGUGGUCCAAACUGUGGCUGUAAAACAGCGAGUGGCUGCUCCAUUUGGCCGAGGGUCAGGGAUCAAAGCAGCUGGUCAACCUCGGCGGACUUCACGCCAUCAGCAGGCAGAGCUGGGGACACACAUAUGGCAAGAAACAGUUCGUUUGGCAAUGGAGACUUCCACAUCAAGAGCCUCCGAGAAAAAGGACAAGAUGGACGGGAACGGCUUCCCCGACCUCCCAAAGAAACCCUCAGAGACGAGAGCCCCGCACCACAUCUUCCCCACCUUCCACACACCGAUCCCGAUUGACAUGCGCCAUCACGAAGGACGAUACCACUACGAGCCUCAUGCGCUGCACGCCAUGCACGGCUCUGCAGGUUUUGCCGGCAGCCCCAUCCUCUCCGAUAUCUCACUGAUCCGCCUUUCACCUGCCGCCGUGGCUACCGGCGAUUCCCCCUUCAGCCCACCUCACCCGUAUGUCAACCCCCACAUGGAGCACUACUUGCGCUCUGUGCACGGCAGCCCCACCCUCUCCAUGAUCUCGGCAGCCAGAGGACUCAGCCCUGCCGACUUGGCCCAUGAGCAUUUAAAGGAACGUGGGCUGUUUGGGCUCCCUCCUCCUCCCGGUGCGAGCCCGGCAGAGUAUUACCACCUCAUGGCCAGCCACCGGAGCCCCUACGGAGAGCUGCUCAUGCAGGGGGCAGGGGCCGCCGCCGGGGCCCACCUGUCCGACUACAUCACCCCCAUCGACGUGUCGCGGUUCUCCAGCCCCAGACUGACGCCCAGGCUGAGCAGGAAGAGGGCUCUGUCCAUCUCGCCGCUGUCGGACGCCAGCAUCGACCUCCAGACCAUGAUCCGCACCUCGCCCAACUCGCUGGUCGCCUACAUCAACAACUCGCGCUCCAGCUCGGCCGCCAGCAGCUCCUACGGACACCUGUCGGUCGGAGGACUCAGCCCCUCCUUCCCGUUCCCUCAUCCCAUCAACCCCAUGGCCUACCAGCAGCUCCUCUCGCAGCAGCGGGGGCUCAGCGCCUUCGGACACACUCCACCUCUCAUCCAGCCUCCGCCUUCCUACUCCAGCCGCCAGCCGGGCCUCGGCCUCUCCUCCCUGCCAGCCUCCGCCCACAACAGCGAACUGCCGUCUAAGAUUUGGAUACUGACUCUUGUUUCCUCUCCUCAGAACCAUGGUGACGACUUGGCCGUCAGCAGCACAGUCGACCCCAUGAUCACCAAAAGGUCAAAGGUCAAGACUGAAGCAGAGGGGUUGAGGCCGAUGUCUCCUUGCUCACCGAACCAUCACGGCAGCUUGUUGGACUUGAAGGACGACAUGGAUCGGGACGAUUGUAAGCAGGAGCCCGAGGCCAUCUACGAAACCAACUGCCACUGGGAGGGCUGCAGCAAGGAGUACGACACCCAGGACCAGCUGGUCCAUCACAUCAAUAAUGACCACAUCCACGGAGAGAAGAAGGAGUUUGUGUGCCGCUGGGAGGACUGUUCGCGGGAGCAAAAGCCCUUCAAAGCUCAGUACAUGCUGGUGGUUCACAUGCGCCGACACACAGGGGAGAAACCACACAAGUGCACGUUUGAGGGCUGCGCUAAGGCCUACUCCCGUCUCGAAAACCUCAAAACCCAUCUGCGCUCGCACACGGGAGAGAAACCGUACGUCUGUGAGCACGAAGGAUGCAACAAAGCCUUCUCCAACGCCUCGGACCGAGCCAAGCACCAGAACCGGACGCACUCCAAUGAGAAACCCUAUGUAUGUAAGAUCCCUGGCUGUACCAAGCGCUACACAGACCCCAGCUCCCUCAGGAAGCACGUGAAGACGGUCCACGGCCCAGAGGCCCACGUCACCAAAAAGCAGCGCAGCGACCUGCCGCCGAGGCCGCCGGCGCCCAGGGAGAACGGCGAGAACGAGGCGAGUACCAUAGACAGAAUCCAGAGGGAGGACAAGAUGUCAGACAACAGCUCCCCCAGAGGGGUGGAUGACUACUUGCAUGUCAAAUCCAUCAAGACGGAAAACUCUGUGAUGUAUCAGUCCAGCCCUGGCGGUCAGUCAUCAUGUAGCAGCGAACCAUCACCACUUGGCAGUGCCACCAACAAUGACAGUGGAGUAGAAAUGGCGGCGCACAGCGGGGAAAGCCUGGGGGACCUCAGCACCUUGGACGACCUGCCCUUUGUGGAGUCCUUGGGCUGUGAAGAUUCGACCGGCGGGGUCGCAGUGAUGGGUCUCCACUUCCGAAAGCAGUUUGGCACCAGUCGGCGCAUGGAGCAUUUGAAGAAGGAGAAGCUGAAGACAGUGAGGGACUCGUGUCAAUGGUCCAGCAACCCAACUCCCCUGGUCCUCGGCACCAAGCUUCCACCCAUACCAGCAGGCGGGUCCCUCCUGGAGAGUCCAAGUAUGGGUGGUGGUCUGGUGUCCUUCCCUGGUUCCGGCUUUGGUGAUCUGAGCUCUGGUAAAAUGACUCUGCUGGAAAAGCUUUCAGAGCGCCGUGACAGCACCUCCAGCACCCUGAGCUCAGUUUACACCCUCAGCCGCCGGUCCUCCGGCAUCUCCCCUUGCUACUCUAGCCGGCGCUCAAGCCAGGCCUCGCAGUUUGGUGCCAACCGCCCCAGCAACCUUAGCUCGGCCGACUCCUACGACCCCAUCUCUGCUGACAUGUCCCGGCGCUCCAGUCAGGCCAGCCAGUGUGGGGGAGGCAGCGGAGGAGCAGGAGGGUACGGAAGGGGCCUAUCCAGCCCUCUCAGCCUGACCCCAGCGCAGCACUACCACCUCAAGGCAAAAUACGCUGCCGCCACUGGAGGAGCACCACCUACACCUCUUCCAUACAUAGACCAAAUGUGUCUGAGGGAACACACAGCACUGUAUGGGGACUCCUCCACCACCAACAAAGGCCUGCCUUCCAGGCAGUACAGCAGCUACACCAUGCGGAGCCUGAUGCCCCAUGAGGUCCCAUCUAACAUCCCCCGCCGAGCAAGUGACCCCGUGAGGCGCGUAGCUAUAGAUUAUUCCAGCCAGCCACAAAUGCAGCGCUACAAGAGCAUGGGCACACUGAGUGGAGGGCAGCCCCAUCCGCUUCCUGCAGCACAUAGCAGACUUUUAUCACAGCAAGGGAGCCUACGACCGGAUGAUAGUCCCCACCUCUACCCUUACAGCCUGCGACCACCCAGCAUUUCGGAGAACGUCACUAUGGGGAUUAUACCGAGUGACAUCCCUGAAGAAGACCUGAUGCUGCCUGACCUCAGAGACCCAACCAACAGAGUGUCACAAAAUCAACAAGAUUUCCAAGGAGACCCAAAUCUCCAGCAGCAGUCGUACUAUCAGAGAAGGACGGCCGUUGUGAAUGCCAACAUGAAUCAGGUUUUGUCCACUUCCAGCAUGAGUCCAGGGCGGCAACAUCAGAUGUGUCCAUCUGCACCAAGGGACAGUAAGGCCAACUUACUUGCUCAGUGGAACAAAGUAUCUUUGGGACACAUGGAUGCCAGCCAGCAGUGCUCCAAAGUCCAGGUCCGAGGGAACCUGGCUGUCCUCCAACAAAACCAGAACUUUGGACUUUUUCACAACAAUCUCAGCUCCAACCAGCAGAUGGUUCAAAACCUUGUUAACACAAUGCAGCAAAGAUGCAAACAGCUGAAUACUGAACCAGGAGCAAACUGCUUCCAGCAGCAAAGAUUCCAGCAGUCAUCAAAUCUCAAUGAAGCACUUAGCUCUCAGUGCAGGUUCAACAAAGGCUUUAGUCCUUGUGAUAAGAACGGUAACACCACUUAUCCACCGUGUAACAACACAAGAGCAGUCAAUGGCAGCAUGCUAAUUCCCACAUGCAAACAGGAGCCAGUUGACAUGGACACUGUUGACAUGCACUUUGCUGAUGCUGGAUUUCAGCCUGUGCAAGUUAAAAUUGAGGACUGUGAUAAAUCAAUCAUGAUGUCAGAUCAGCAGAACUGUCACAUGACCCUCCAAAAUCCUUUGCAAACUGUGAAUCACAGCCAUUUCCAACCAAUGCCACCAACAGAGCCUAAAUCUCGAAACAAGCAUCUUUCAGGGCCAAAAGUGACAAACCAAACAAGGCACCCAAGUAUUGCUAACGUGGAUGUUGCUUCCACGUUACCCAGUGGUGGAGGUUUAGGACUUCAUUGCAGCAACAACUCUGAUGACAAUGCCUUGUACUACACAGGGCAGAUUCAAGUAUUUUGUGUUUCUCCUGCAGUGAAUGUACCUCCUUCUGAAAACAACGCAGUGUCUCCCAGUCCAGGCGACACGCAGGCAUCCAGGACUGUAAACUGUAAUGCAGCACUGGAGCAGGAGCAGAUAGACUUUGAUAGCAUGCUGGAUGAUGGGGAUCACUCCAGCCUCAUGUCGGGAACCCUGAGUCCAGGUCUGCUCCAGAGCUUGUCCCAGAGCUCCUCUCGCCUGACAACGCCAAGGAACUCGGUGACUUUGCCCUCGGUGCCGGCGGGGACGGGGAACAUGGCCAUCGGGGACAUGAGCUCGUUGCUGACUGCUCUGGCAGAGGAAAGCAAGUUCCUCAACUCGAUGUCGUAACAAACUAUUUCCCCCCGGCUGAACUUUUGAA